AAUAAUAAAAUUUUUAAUUGCUGUUAUAUAAUUUUAAAAAGUACAAUUGUACCAGCAAGUAUAUAUCCUGGUAGUUUUCCUUCUCACCACUCGGGGGCAGUACAGACCCUCAGCUCAUGUUUAUAUAGUCACGUGAUCAUGUUUAUCCAUUGCUGGCUACUGUCGUAAAACCCUCUCUCAUCCUUCUAUUCUUCCUGCCAGUAAUAAGGCCAGUGUUUAUAUAAAGCCCAGGAUCAUCAGCAUGUCCGAGACAGCCGUCCAACCACAUAUAAGAGCGGAAGACAUCCUAGCAGAGAUUCGAGCAAACCUGCUGGAGUGCAAAGUGUGUUUUGAGAAGUUCUCCAUUCAGAAACGAGACCACACGCCCCGAAAUCUUCCCUGUGGCCACGUGCUGUGUCUCAAAUGCAUCUGUGCACUUUCCCACCCUGAAAACCAGAGGCUGGAGUGUCCUUUCUGUAGGAAACCGUGGGAUGUGGGCAGCACCUCUGAAUGCUAUGCGCUCACCGAUCUCCAGGAGCUUCUGCUGUCAGAAGCUUGUCCCCGGUUGUAUGAUCGAGUCAUAGGAUGGACCGAAAGCUUGGGAUCUGGGACGCUGCAUCUCCGUUCAGCUUUUGGAGGAUGGGGAACAAUUGUGAACCCUUCUGGGAUGGUUGUUUCUGAGACAUCUGGGCAGAUUGUUUUGGUGCACGAUGGUGAGAAAAGAGUUGCCGUUUUUGACGCUCAAGGAACUCGUUUGGAUGGCUUCGGACGUUACGGACACAACCCGUCUGAUUUAUGUCACCCACUUGAUGUUGCACUCACCAAAUGUGGACAUGUUUUGGUCACAGAUGCUGGUGACCAAUCAGUCAAAGUCUUCACUUCCAAAGGCCAUCCGGUUGCAACCAUCCGAGACUCUUUUAGGCUGCCAUGGGGUGUUGAUGUAGACGCCCGUGGAUGUGUUUUUGUGACCGACGCUGAGAUGGGAACACUUAGCCAAAUCGUAAUAGACUUUCCUCGUGGGGUAGUCCUAGUUAACAGAGUGGUUUUCAAAGAACUUGCAUGUCCGCGUUCAGUAGCUUCUUGCAAAGCAUCGGGAAACAUCGCAGUUGUGGAACGUUUUCAGGCCGGAUUCACGGCUUCAUGUUUGAGAAUAUUCAAUAGUGACUUUGUUCCUUUGACGCAGGUGGACAGUUUUGCUCUUAACUUGAAGAACUCUCUGAGAUUGUCUAUAUCUUCAGUGGUUUUUGAUAUAAAUGGAGAUGUGAUUGUAGGGGAUUCUCAGAAUGGGAUGGUCUGGAGUUUGGGAAAGCCGCAGAAAACACCUGCACUGACUCCACUAGUGAGCGGACUGCUGCGUCCAGUGGCAUUGGCUACGACUACAAUGAAUGUGCUUGUGGUUCUGGACGGAGGAGAUCAUGCAGUCAAGUUCUACGCUGCGGACAAAGAUGACUUGUACUGUGAGAAAUGAGAGGUGUAAAUAUACACAACUAGUGUGUUUCACAUUAGAAUCCAUGUAUGUUGUUUAGGUGGAUUAAGUUGUGAUAAUGGGAUUUGUGAGUUGA